UGAAAAGUGCAGAAAGUGAAGAUAACAAGAACAGACCAGACAGACCUACUGAUAUGUAAAGUACGAAUUUGGCUUUCGUAACUAAUUCUACAAAUCUUCAUUGGAGAUAUUAAUUAACAAAGUAAUGGAUGAUUUUCUAACGAUAACUCACAGCAAUGAAGCAUUUUGUGAAAAUCAUGAUUGUAAUCUAUUUCGUUCAUUGUUACCUGGUAUUAAUAGGUCGUUUUAUUGAAACGUAUAUAGCAUCAUAAGAUAAGAAAAAGUAAAAAAAGUGAAAAAGGCAAAUGAUCACAAAUGUUUAACCGUGAACGUAAAGUGUGAAGGCCAUCAAACAGAUUAGAAUCCAGCUGUUAGCCCUAGGCAUUAUACGUGAAAGUGUUGCCUGUAAAAUGCCACGACGGAGGAAUUCCGUGUUUAUUGUGGUGGGAGACUUCGUUGGAAACCAAUAAGUAGAAAGAAAGCAAUUUCUGCUCUUUGCAAGGAUCUAGUGACUCUAGUCCAGUAUAAAGUUCUCUGGCACUCGACAUGGCUGUUCCUCACGUUGGUAACAAUCUAUUGGAGGAACUUGAUCUAUUCAGUAAAAAUCUUUUGGAUCGUUUAUCAGAUUCAAAGGAUAAUGAUCUUAUCAUUAGACCACUUUCUGUUAAAGACUAUAAUAAAGGGUUUAUUCAACUAUUGGGUCAGUUGACUGAAGUAGGAAAUAUUAGCCAUGAACAGUUCCUAAAUACAUUUCGAAAAAUGAAAAUGGCUGGUGAUUAUUACAUUGUUGUUGUCGAAGAUAUGAAUACUGGAAAAGUUAUCGGUAGCUCUACUCUUGUUGUAGAACAGAAAUUCAUUCACAAUUGUGCUCUGCGUGGAAAAUUGGAAGAUGUUGUGGUGAGUAAUGAGUAUAGAGGUAGACAAUUGGGUAAACUACUUGUAAAUACUAUAUCUAAACUGGCAAGAAAUCUACGUUGCUAUAAAUUAUCAUUGGAUUGCCGUGAUAACUUAAUACCUUUUUACGAAAGUUUAGGAUUUAAGCGAGAACUUGGCAAUGCAAAUCAUUUAAAUGCUCGCUUUCAUUAUGAGAAUCCUACUGAACAGUCACACUUGUGAUACUAUAUAAAAAUAUUAUUUAUCUAUCAUUGUCCACAGAUUGUCCGAACAGAUAUGCCCAUGGCUCAAUAUUAUAAGAUAUACAAUGAUAAAUAAAAAUAAAAAUAAGCUGCAAUAAAUUUAUAUAUCCUCAUAGUUGAAGAUAUAAUAAAGAAAAGAAAAUAGCAAAAACGUAAUUCUA